AUGGGUUUGCUGCUGAAGCAUCGAAUUCCAGAUGACACGGAAGUGACGGCGGCUGGCCUUCGGUUCUACUAUGAGAAUCUGUUUCCGUUCGGCGAGCUGCAGCGGUGGCUCUCCUACCGCAACAGCCCCUCAGGUGUACAUACACCUCUCAACGACCCCCAGUUCAUUUCCAAAAGAGAGUUUUCUCUCACUUGUAAAAAAGAAGACAAUUCGCAGGAGGAAUUCUUCAUUCGCUGGCAGGGUUUUCCGAGUUUGUGGGGUUUGCGGGAGCGGCUGCUGGGGCUGUGUGGGGUUUGCUGCUUGAAAGUGGACAUCGGAGCUGUCUAUACACUCCCGCUGCUGCACAAAGACUCCAAAACCCUUUUUUCCAAAACCCUUUUUUCCAAAACCCUUUUUUUCAAAACCCUCCAAAAAGAAAUUGUCUUCGACAUCGACAUGAACGACUACGACCAAGUCCGCACCUGCUGCGCCCGCAAAACCCUCUGCAGCAAGUGCUGGCGUUUCUUGGCGGUGGCCGUGCGUUUGCUGGAGGCGGCGCUGAGGGAAGAUUUUGGAUUUAAGGAAAUCCUUUGGGUCUACUCCGGAAGAAGAGGCAUUCACGCUUGGGUGUGCGAUACUGAUGCGCGUUUGCUGCCAAAUGAGAGCCGCGGCCAACUUGUAGAGUACCUAAACCUCCUUAGUGGCAGUGACCAGCAAGCGAAGAAGAUAAACCUUUGGGGGAAAACACAACACCCUGCUAUCGACCGCGCAUUUCGCAUUGCCUACAGAGACUUUCAGCAGCUGCUGCAGGAGCAGGAUUUCUUCUUUGGGGGGGGCAGCAGCAAAAUGGCAGAAAGCCUGCUUGAGUAUCUCCCUAAUAGCAGCAGCAGCAGCAGCAGCAGCAGCAGCAGCAGCAGCAGCAGCAGCGGGUACGGCAGCGGGUACGGCGGUGGGUACGGCGGCGCUUCUCGCGGCUACAGCACUGCAGCAAAGUCGCGAGGGGUAGCAACAGCAACAGCAGCAGCAGCAGCAGCAGCAGCAGAUAUGCAGCAGCAAGUUGCUGCUUGGAUUGAAGAAAUUAAAGCUGAACCCGAAGACCCCAAGAAGACAAAAAGCACAAAACUCUUUGAGCGGUUGUGCAAACUUGCCAACUGCCAAACACCUGCUGCUGCUGCUGCUGCUGCUGCUGCUGCUGCUGGGGGAGCAGUAGCACCAGCAGCAGCAGCAAAGGAAGCCGAUGCCUUCCCCAACUUUAUAAAAGAAAUUGUGCUGGCGUUUUCUUACCCGAGGCUUGAUGUCAAUGUCAGGAUUCUAAAACAGCAGCAGCAGCAGCAGCAGCGGCAGCAGCAGCAGCAGCGGCGGCAACAGCAGCUGCAGCAGCAGCAACGGCAAGUGCAACAGCAGGAGCGUCGCCAACUGCUGCUUCUGGAGCUGCAGAAAACGCAGCAACAACUGCUGCUGCUGCAGCUUAGCAGCAGCAGUAGCAGCAGCAAGAGCAGCACGAGCAGCAGCAGCACCACCGCCAAAGCAGCAGCAGCUGCUGCUGCACCUCAGCAGCAGCAGCGGUAA